AACAUUGUCUAGUACAUCUCCAGGCAUCAGUACCAUGAUGACUACUGAAAGCAACACACUAUCAGUCAACACGUCUCCAACAUUUUCUAGUACAUCCCCAGAUAUCAGUACCAUGACGACCACUGAAAGCAGCACACCAUCAGUCAACGCGACUGCAAAAUUGUCAAGUACAUCUCCAGACAUCAGUACCAUGAUGACUACUGAAAGCAGCACUCCAUCAGUCAACACAUCUCCAACUGUGUCUAGUACAUCUCCGGAUAUCAGUACCAUGAUGAUUUCUGAAAACAGCACACCACCAGUCAACACGUCUCCAACUGUGUCUAGUACAUCUCCAGAAAUCAGUACCAUGAUGACUACUGAAAGCAGCACACCAUCAGUCAACACUUCUCAAGCAAUGUCUAGUACAUCUCCAGACAUCAGUACCAUGAUGACUUCUGAAAACAGCACACCAUCCGUCAACACGUCUCCAACAUUGCCUAGUGCAUCUCCAGACAUCAGUACCAUGAUGACUACUGAAAGCAGCAAGCUAUCAGUCAAUACAUCUCCAACUGUGUCUAGUACAUCUCCAGACAUCAGCACCAUGACGACCACUGAAAGCAGCACACCAUCAGUCAACACGUCUCCAACAUUUUCCAGUACAUCUCAAGUCAUCAGUACCAUGAUGACUAUUGAAAGCAGCUCACCAUCAGUCAACACGUCUCCAACUGUGUCUAGUACAUCUCCAGACAUCAGUACUAUGAUUACUACUGAAAGCAGCACAUCAUCAGUCAUCACGUCUCCAACUGUGUCUAGUACAUCACACUACAUCAAUACCAUGAUGACUGCUGAAAGCAGCACUCCAUCAGUCAACACAUCUCCAAGAUUGUCUAGUACAUCUACAUACAUCAGUACCACGAUGACUUCUGAAAGAAGCACACCAUCAGUCAACACGUCUCCAACUGUGUCUAGUACAUCUACAGACAUCAAUACCAUGAUGACCACUGAAAGCAGCACACCAUCAGUCAACACGUCUCCAAUAUUGUCUAGUACAUCUAUAGACAUCAACAUCAGCACCAUGACGACCACUGAAAGCAGCACACAAUCAGUCAACUCGUCUCCGACAUUGUCUAGUACAUCCCGUGACAUCAGUACCAUGAUGACUAUUGAAAGCAGCUCACCAUCAGUCAACACGUAUUCAACUGUGUCUAUACAUCUUCAGACAUCAGUACCAUGA